AACCAAAAGAAGCUCACAGAAAUAACUACCUUUUUCCGCCAUAAUGUGUUUGUGGCCCAUAUGUCCGUAAUAAGCAUGUAUAAAAAUGGAGCACUAGCAAGUUGUUGUAACAAAGAGUCUUGUUUGCAGAUAAUUAAAACCGUAGGUUAUAAUAGAACUGGGAAACUUCUUGUAGCCAAUAUGGCAGCCACUUUCAUUCGUUUAUUUCUUGCUUUUCUUUGGUUUUCUCAUGCUAUCAACUUGAUUAAUGCUGUCCCAUUAACAAGAAGCACAAGACUGGUAAUGGACGUAUCUCAAGAGCAUAAGGUGUUAGAGAAUACCCAUAUGGCAAAUAUGGAGGAUGAAGAGAUCAACGAUUAUCCAGGUUCCGGGGCGAAUAAUCGCCACACUCCAAGGCCUCAACUGGGAAGAGGCUGUGUCGUCGAAUGCUAGAUCACAUAAUGCAUAUGUUUAAGAUAUAUAAUUAGCUAUUAUAAUCACAUACUGUGUUAAGUAUCUAAUUAAUUAGAAUCAUUUCAAUCCUAAUUGGCUUUUAAUUUGAAUAGCUAGCUAGCUAGCUAAUUAAGAGAGUUAAUCAUGUUGAUAUAUUUGAGAGAUCUAGUAAUAGCUAUGGUUGAGGACUUAUUAGCAGUAUGUUCUAUAUAUGGCGUACCUACUAAUUUAUGCUAUGCUAGAAGAUGAGUUGUGGCCAAUUUGUUACCUUAAUAAUUAUGAAGUUAUGAUAUACAUGAACUUUAAUAUUUUUCGUUCAA